AUGGGUUCGAGUAGCGGCCCAGACACCGAAGGCCUGAAAACCGUCGUCAAGUCUGUCACUAGCAACCGCAACGACGGCACUGACAACAACCCCAUCAAUAACAGCUGCAGCAGCAACGGCAACAACGACAUUCACAGCAGCAAGGACAAUAACGACAGCCACACCAGUAGCAGUAGCAGCGACAACAACAAGAUUAAUUUGAAGCGAAAGGCUACUAGUCAACCUGUCCCUCACCCCCCGCCACCAGCCCCCGUUAAGGCACCACGUCCUUUUCCCAAAUACGUCGACCGCAAUGUGCGUUACAAGUACUUGGGAACUCUAGGCGCGGGAACUUAUGCCGCCGUGUACAAGGUGGAGAGACUUCAAGAAGGUGGGCUCUUCGCGAUCAAGACCACGUCGCUGGAAAAUCUCGAUAGGGUACGUUUGCUCAACAAGAUGCACUUUAACGGCGUGUUCCAAACUGAGGUUAUUACACUGCGACAGUUCCCCCACACAAACAUUAUUGCAUAUAUCAGCCACUUUCAUUAUCGGGAUCUCUUGCACAUGGUCCUCGAGUUGGCAUCCCAUGUAGGACACGUUUGCUUUAAUGAGAUGAAGAGCCUUCACGACGCCAUCGUCCAUAGACGCAUCGACAAGACCACGUUCCUCGAAUAUACGAUGAUGAUGGCCGCUGGAGUAGCACACCUGCACAGGAACAGCAUACUCCACGGUGACAUAAAACCUGCCAACAUCCUCAUCACUGAGCAGAACGUGGUCAAGUUGGCAGACCUAGGCGAAGUGAGAUACAUGAGCGAGUAA